AUGAUUCUGGGCCGGUCAUCCAAGCCACGGUCCCGCGCAUCUAUUGCGUGCGCCGGUUGCCGAGCACGACGCACAAAGUGCAUUAUUGACGAGGGCCAGAGCUCGUGCGACCGCUGCAUUCGCCUCUCAAAACCGUGUGUGCUGCGCGACGACGAUGAGCGCAAACGGCCCGUCACCAAGGCGCAGGUGCAUGCGCUGAUACGACGCAUCGGCGCGCUCGAACAGCGCCUGAGUGAUGCGGGCCUGGAGAUCCCACCGGCCCUGACGGACGAUGGCUCGAUGGCCGCGGCCAUGCAGAUCCCGCGCGACCAGCAAUCCUACGGCGACGACCCUCUUGAGCGGCGCACAUCAAUGCGUGACGAUGUGGCGGCAGCCGUCCAAGGCAGCGUCGUCACGGCGGCAGCACUGGUUGCGGCAGCAACAGGCAACGGCCGGGGCGUGGCACAGGCGGCCGGAUUUCGUCGCGACGGCAGCCGGGACAUGGGCAGCUCGUCCCCUCCACAAGAUCCGCAAUCAUAUCAUUUCCGGCCCGGACCCACGUUGACAUCAUCGACAAACGGCGGCAGCGGGCCUAUGUGGCCGCCACCACCAAUACAGGCAACGACGACACAAGACCGGAGCAAGAUCGGACAUGCCACUGACAGCACAGCAAACGGCAGCUUUAGUGGCUCUCGAACAAACAACAAUGGCGCGACCGAAUCGCCUGCGAGCACGGUCGGGUCAUCGGACAUGGCACCGUCGGCCUUGUACAGCGAAUCCGAUCAGCGACGGCGGUUGCGUGCCGGGUCCAUGAGCAACAUGGGGCCCCGCGGCCACUCGCGCUACAUUGGCAUCACGACCAACUACCACAUCUACUCCAACAUGUACCACGCCGAGAAGGAAGAAACUCGGCGCGAGCGCGAGAAGAACAUGGCGCGCACGCGCGAGUUUUUGGCCAACAUCCCCAUUGACGCGCACCGCCACCUGAUCAACCAGUUUUGGUCGUGCUACAACACAAUCAUCCACAUUGUCCACCGUCGGGCGUUUGAGCUAGAUAGCGGAAUGAUGGUUGGUGGCGGCAGCGGCAGCGGCGUCGACGGCCACAGCACCGACAGCCAUCGAGAGCCAGAGAUGGUUCCAGGCGCGGGGAGCAGCAACACUAGCAGUGGCAGUUAUUAUUCGCCGUUUUUGCAUAUGUGCAUGCUGUCCGUUGGCUACCGCUAUGCCGACCGAACGCGACCCGACGUGCAAGCUUUUGCGACCCCAGACGGCGAGUCAUUGCUUCAUGAGGAGGCCAAGCGACUCGUCGACUCGGAACUGCAGAUGCCGGGCGGCAUACCUUCGCUGCAGGCGCUGCUGCUUCUCGGCGACCUCGAGUGCGGCGUCGGCCGCUACAACACAGGGUGGCUGUAUGCGGGGAUGGCGUGUCGGCUGAUUUUCGACCUGGGCCUGAACCGGCAAAUCGGCCAGGCCGGCCAGUCGCGGCUGGACAUGGAAGUGAAGCGGACGGUGCUGUGGGGAUGCGUCGUCCUGGACCGGUUCUGGGGGUUGUUCCUGGGCCGGCCGACCAGCAUCAAAAUUGCCGACAUCACCAUCUCCAACGGCCCCACUCAGCCGUGGCCCAUGCGUGGCUGUCUUCCCAUGGGACCCAAGUUCCGUUUCGAGACGGAAAUCUACGAUGCACUCAUUCACCUGACGGACACAGCCUCCAAGCUGACCGACGCCGCCCACUGGCACUACACGACCUCAGAUCCGAGCGCAUACUAUUUUGUGACGGGCCUGCACCAUGAGCUGCGCAAUUGGCACAAGCAACUCUCCAGCCGAUUGCAGUGGACGCCUGCGAACCUGGCGCGCGACCCGCCGUCGGCCUUUUUCAACCUGCACCAGCAGUACCACACCAUGUACAUUCUAAUGUACCGGCCGUUCCUGUCGGCCGGUCAAGCCACACCAGCCGGCACGCACAACACGGGUGGUGGACAGACCAACGGCAACACUGAGCCUGCUUCCAGCCGUGGUGGUGGUGGUAGUUGCAGCCCCUACGAUGAUGUAAUUGACGACACUGGGCCGACCGACGACGGCAUGGAGCCAGAGAUGGGCACGGACAUUGUCACGGAAAUGGCGCGCAGGAUGUGCUUUACGCACGCCAUCGAGGUCGCACGCAUCUACGAGGCGUUUUGCGCGCGGUUCGAGUGCCGCAGCAUGUUUGUGACGGGCAUGCAGCACGCAGCAACGACCGCGUUUGCGAUUGUCGAGGGCCUGUCAACACAGAGCGCCGACAAGCAGGCGGAGGCGCUGGUACACCUGCAACGACUGGCCGAGUCGCUGUAUGCGCAUGCGACCGUCUACUACCCGGCGCGGGUCAUGUCCAAUAUUCUGUUCCGGGUGCUCGGCGAGUACCGUGACAGCCACGCCCAGCGGCAGGCCAACCAGCAUCAACAUUUUCGGCAGCACCAGCACCAGCACCAGCAACAAGACAGCGCACACCACCCACACCACAUUCACCACCAGAGCGUUGAUAUGCCCGACGCCAAUACGGCUGCGCCGACCACAAUGCCGCCGGCCUGGACAACGACACCGACCAGCUCUGGUAUGAUGCAACCACCACCCGUCCCUGGACAAGCGCCGACAACACCUGUCUCGCACCCCGACUGGACGGGCGGUGGCUUGCAAGGCACAAUGCUGGACGGGUCGAUAAUCUCUGGUGCCGGAGCCAACAGUUUUGUCGACUUUGAGUUUGACUCUGGCAUUUGGGAGUCGAUUAUGAACACUCUGUCGCAGCCGUUGGAUCUGGGAGCGUAG